AUGUCAAAAACGGAUGACUAUAUUGAAGUGGAAGACGAUACGAUUGAAGUUGACAACCCAACAAAUGAUCAAGUUCCACAAGAAAAAGAGAAAAAAACUAAAGAAUUCAACCCAAGAUCGAAAUUUUGGAAUGAAUUUGAAAGGUAUAAGGACGAAAACGGUGUUCAAAGAUGCAAAUGUAAGCAUUGUGGUGGUGGGAAUUAUAAGUGUGAAUCGGGUAGUUAUGGGACCAAAAAUCUAGGUUAUCAUUUAAAUAAAUGUAAAGUUUACUUGGCUACACUUAAUGGUGGGCAAAAACAACUAACUUUCCAAUAUGGUGAUGAAAACAAAUUGUCGGCUUGGAAAUUUGAUCAAAAGGAGAGUCGGAAAGCUCUAGCCCACAUGUUGGUAGUUGAUGAACUUCCUUUUAGCUUUGUAGAAGGUGCGGGUUUUAGGCAAUCGCCUUCUAGAAUUCAUAAGUUUAUCGAGUUUGCUAAGGUUGCUAAUCCCGGUAUAACAAAACACUUGAAGAGAGAUGUGCCAACAAGAUGGAACUCUACUUACCAUAUGUUGGAAAUUUCCCAAGCUUACGAAAAAACUUUUGAGAGAUAUGAUCUUGAAGAAUUUGAUUUUCGGUACGAAAUUGAAAAUGCGGGUUUGUCGAUACCUUCAUCAAGCGAUUGGGAAAGGGUUAGGAAUGUAUGUCAUUUUUUAAAACCUUUUCAUGAUGUUACUUUGAGGAUUUCCGGGACACUUUAUGUGACAUCAAACACAUGCAUUGAAGAUAUAUAUUCCAUUCGUACGCUCUUGGAUGAUGCUAUUUUCGAUUCUAGUCUUUGUGAUAUUGCAUUGACCAUGAAAGUAAAGUUUGAUAAGUAUUUUGACGACAUAGAAAAAAUGAAUUUAUUGCUCUACUUUGCUUUGAUUCUUGAUCCGAGGAACAAAGUAAAGUAUUUGGUUAUACUACUUGAGGAUCGUUAUGGAGAAAAGGGGGUGGAGGCCAAAAAGAAAUAUAUCAUGGAUUCUAUGUAUGAAUUAUAUAAUGAUUAUAUUAGAAUUCAUUCUCCAAGUUCUACUUCAAGUACUGCCGAGUCUACCACUUCAUCAUCGAUACUAGGGAAACGCCAAAACUCGGAUUUUAUGGCACCUAAUCCCCCAUUAAGAAAUAAACUAAGAGAAAAAAUGAAGACGAACAUAGUUGAAUCAAUUGGGGAGUUAGAAAAGUAUUUGCAAGAAAGUGUUGAAGACGACUCAGAAAUGUUUAGUAUUCUAGAUUGGUGGAAAGUGAAUAGUCCAAGAUUCCCGGUUCUAUCAUUGAUGGCUAGAGAUGUGUUUGCCAUUCCCGUCUCAACCGUGGCUUCGGAAUCCGUUUUUAGCACUAGUGGGAGGGUGUUGGAUCCGUUUAGGAGUUCUUUGACUCCUAAGAUUGUUGAAAGUUUAAUUUGUACACAAGACUGGAUUCGGGGUAGCAUAAGUGACACAAUUGAUUAUGAAAAAGAUUGGGAAGAAAAUCAACAAAUUGACAAAGAAUUGAGCAAGAUGAAGUAGUGAAUGUGCAAGAAGAACGAGUAGGUGCAAGAAGACGAGUAUAUUUAUGAAUGUCUUUUGGAACUUGAAUGUUAUUUUUUUCAU